ACAGAGAGCAGGCGCAGGAGGGGGGAGGCAGCCUCCAUCCUCGCGGGCGUGCUUACAACAAGCGAGCCCCCCCCCUCCACCCUGCCCUGGCUGGGCUUCCCUUGCAUGUGGCCCGCAGCAGCCUCGAGUGGCGACCCACUCCUGUUCCUGGUGGCGUGGUGGGAGUCAGCCAGCCAGCCAGCCCCCUUGACCCGACUUCUUGGGUUGACUUCCAAGCAGGCGUGAGGUUGCAGCCUCAACGGAGUUGCUUGCAAGAGAGCAAGGCUGCGGGGAGCCCUGCGGAGGACGCUGCUAGCUCGUGUCCGGCUGCGAUCCUGAACGCCCGCCCAGCCCGAGCCUGGCACGUGUGUUUGCUCGGACGUGAGUCCCACUGAGUCCUGCCUGCCGCUUGCAGCCAACCAGCCCCUGAGCUGCAGCCUUACCUGCACGUUAAAUCCUGUUAAACCCGAGAGGGUUUACUCGCAAGGAAAGGAACGUAGUUAGGAUGAGGUGGGGCGCUGGAAACAGGCUUAGUAGGGAUCGCAGCUGAACCUCUCCGCUCUGCUGCUGUUGAAGUCAAACCCCGAUUCCGAUUAUGUUUUCCUUGUUGCAAGCGUGCAGGAGCAGGACUGAAGCCUGGGCACAGAAUGGGAUCAGCAGCAGUGCCGGCCUAAGGAUGCUUACUCGGAUGGCAACAGAGACAAAAGGCGAAAGCCAAGACACACUGGGGCACAUUUCCUUAAAAGUGUGAAUUUUAAAAGAUAAAAAAGUCUAUGAGGCUUUUAAACCUUUCCGAAUACAAACACCGGUUGGUUGGAGACUGUGUGCGUGGUGUCAGUCACUCUUAUUUCUUUCUCUAGUUCUAGGUUCCCACCGGCCGCCUCCGUGACGACAUCAGGGUGCGCCGCGGAUUGCUGUGUCGAGCGCUCGCCCCCGACGCUGGCCGCCCGCGCGCACCCCCGGCGUUAGCUGAGGGAGGAUGAUGGCGGCCGCCUCGUUGUGGAAAGGGCUGGUCGGGGUCGGACUCUUCGCCCUGGCGCACGCGGCCUUCUCCGCCGCGCAGCAUCGCUCCUACAUGAGAUUAACAGAAAAAGAAGAUGAAACCUUGCCAAUAGAUAUAGUUCUUCAAACACUGUUGGCCUUUGCUGUUACUUGUUAUGGAAUAGUACACAUUGCAGGAGAAUUUAAAGACAUGGAUGCCACUUCAGAACUAAAAAAUAAGACAUUUGACACAUUAAGGAACCAUCCAUCUUUUUAUGUAUUUAAUCACCGGGGCAGAGUAUUAUUCCAGUCCCCGGACACUGUCAGUUCGUCCUCCAACCAGGGUGCUUUGUCGUCCGGCGCAUCUCUGAAGUUGCGAAAACUUGAGCCUCUCCGCCGUUAAAAAGAUUUUUACAGAUGAUUCUAAAAACAGAACAGGACACUGAGCUAUAAUAUUGGAGCUGGGGAUGUAAAAACUUUUUAAAUUUCUGGAGCAGUAUUUAUAUUGAUCUUCCAGACUUUAUAAAAUAUAUAAAUAUAUAUAUAUAAAUAUAUAUAAAAAUAUUAAAAAAGGACCUUCUUUGAACACUGUUAAUGACAAUGACUGAAUUGUGAAUUGGCAAAACAGGGCAAGUUACUGCUAGAAUUAUGCUGUGAAACCAUACGUUUUACCUUUCUCCCAUAAAACGCUAUUGCGAUCCACCUAAAAUGAAUUUCCUGUUACCCCAAAGCAGAUGAUGGUUUUAAUGUGACGGAUAACUACAGAGGAGUGUUGGCUUGUACUGUUUAUUGAAUGCCGAGGAAGGGGGUGUCUUGUGUCCAUUUCCCCCCACCCUUGACAGAGGACGACAACCCUUGUGUUCCUUGCAUGUCUCUGAUGGCAGCACUUUGGGCUGGGGCCAUCCUGUGAUGUGAUCUCCACGGGCCAAGGCAGAGCCAUUAAGACAGGACAGCCUCCCAAGCAACGCUGGGGUUACUCAACCCGACUUGUUGGCAGGGACACAAAGCUUCCUUUCCUCUCUGGGUCAAAGUCCUCAAGCUGGACUGCUUCUAAUGCUCCUCUGAGAUAUGCCAGAAGGCUAUUCACGGACAAGUAUUUAUGUUGAGAUGUCCUGAUUCUCCUCUCCCCGCCGCCCUCUUAAGACUGUGUGUUGAUUUAGCCUCUCCUGUUUAUGCUCUUUCUCCCUUGUUGGGAAGGUAGCCGAGAGUUUGAUCCAAGCAAGGGAAGGUGCUUUGUUCACCUUCAAACCAGACACACUCAGCUCGUUUCUCUCACCAUGUUGUGCUGCCCACUUGGCUGGUGCGUUUUAGCUCCAAAGAGACUCCUUCCCCGGCCGUCUUCCUCGGAGCAGGGCGGAGUGUUCAGGAGGAGGGGAGACGUUCCCUUCUAUCUGCUGUUGGGUUGUGAACUGGUCUGAGCUGUUAAUGGAUGUGCAGGAAAGCUGGUUUUCCUAGCUUUUUCUGCUAGGGUUGCUUCACAUGGGACAUAUUUCCUAUAUAGAAAUAUCGGUCCGGGGCGGGGGGAAAGUGCACCAUCCACUUGUGGCAGUGCAGGUUGAGUGUUAGCUGCUUGACUGGCCUGCUUGGAGUAAAAUAAAGCAGGCACACCACACAAGUCAGUGUUGGUUCCCCCGCUCUGACCCUUGCCGCAUUUCAUGUGGCGAUGAAGGCGUGGCCUUAAAAAUAAAUGGCUAUGCUUCCGUUCUUGCUGGUCCCUAAGCGAAUGUCCACGUUGUGCUCUGAAUAGACACUGGCCUCGCCCUCUCUUGCCUUGUGUUGAUCCAGCUGAAAUCCUGCCUGUUGCCAUGAGGUGAAAAACCUGAGUCAUUGGUAGGGUUUUGCUAUCUGCCUUACUCUUCUCUUCCCCUGAUAUGCCGAAGCCAGAUUCUCCCGACUCUUCCCUUAAGCUUAACCCACACAGCAGCACUUGAAGCCUAAUUUGUGCAGAAGACCAGCUGCUCCUACUUCCUUUUGACAUUUAAGUCUGUGAAGCUUGUGGUUGGCAGUUGAGUUUAAUUUCUCCCUUUCAAAUGGCUGGCUGGUUGCCUUUCCAUGCUGUGCUCUGAAAUGGCAAUUGCUGCUUUUAAGUUGGCCCCCGUAUGCCUUGCCAAACAGAACUGUCCUUCUGAGCCCCUAUCCUGGGAGAUCCCAAAUGGAUCUGGACUGCACGAGGGGCCUGACGCGAGAACCGCUAAGCAUGGCCCAGAUCCCAAAAUACGAGCGCACAAAACGUACAGUACUGUCCACAAAUACAGUACUGUUCGCGGCACAAACCUGAAUGUGUGUAAGACCCACUUCGCUUAGUGGAACUUAUUUCCUAGUGAUUUAUGCAUAGGACUGGAUGGUUGGAACCUUCUUAAGAGGUGGUCCAUCUCACAAGUUUAUUUAGAUGGAGAACUUGCCCUUCAGAGCAAGUCACAAAAGAUGGUGACGUUAAACAGCCUGGAGACAAGUUUUUCUUAGUGGGGCUUUCAGAGAUUUGACAGAUCAGGGUGAGCUCGAUGUUGAGAGGGGAAAUAAAAGGCCAUCCUGUUCAGAGGAAAAAACGGCUUAAACUAAUCCUGUUUUCAGUUUGGUUUUUAGCAUCUCUUUAUGCGAGUCACUUUAGCCCAGCCAUUUGCUUACUAACGAAUUAUCAGCAAGCCUGCUCUGAACUUGUUUUAGGCUUCCAAAAAGCUUCUCCCAAGGCAGCAGGUAUUGCUUACCUUACAAGCUGAGAAUCUUGCUUGGAAUUCCAAGGCGUUCCUCCUCUCCUCAUCCACGACGUUUGCAGCCCAUUACAGCAAGGAGUAGCUGUCUUAUCCUUCAGCAUUGAUGGUUAUAUAUUGCAAAGAUGUGCAAAUUUUGUUUUUGUUUUUGUUUUUUUGAUCUUGCAAUGUCCAAUAAAGAACUAAUAUCCUUAUGAAGCA